GUCUGGACAGCAGAUAGCCCAGGUACAAACGUACCUAGGCUUUCUAUCUUUGCGUGAUGAAAGUGAUGAUUUUACUGUAGAUCGCUCGCUGCUGGAUAUAGCGGUCGACACGACUCUCCUAGCACAGUUCAGUUAAAGAGCUUAAAUGGCAAGCAUAAGCGUAACUUAUGAUGGCCCUCCUGUCCAGCGCUGCGUGCUCAAGCCCACCGCCAUGGCGCCCAUCUCAUCGCUCUUGGCGGACGCCUGCGCUCGCAUGAAGCCCCCCCUGGACCCCGCACACGCAUCUCUGGCACUUGGCAAGAAGCAGCUCACCGACCUUUCCUGCCCCUUCCGCCUCGCCAACAUUCCCGGAGGCAGCAACCUCACCCUGCUGUACAAUAAAACUGCUGCUGCCCCGGCUGCUGCUGGCCCGACUGCUGCUGCUCCCGCCACAGCGCCCGUAGCAGUGCCCGCCGGCGCCGCUCCUGCUCCCCCGACUCAAGCCUCGCAGCCACAGCAGCAGCAGCCCCGGGCAGCGGAGGAGCCGCCGGCUGCCCAGCCCUCCCAGGCGGCGGCACCCGCUGCAGUCACACCACCAGCAGCAGCAGCAGCAGCAGCAGUACCGCCACCGCCUACGUCGGCAGCACCCGCCGCUGAGGCGCCAGCAGCAGCGGCAACAGCAACUACAACAACAGCAGCAACAGGUGUGGAUCCUCCUGUCGCUCCCGCACCACCACCCGCACCACCACCCGCACCCGCAGUACCUCCCCCCGCCGACCCUAUGGAGGUGGACUCCCGUGGAGCCACACCCGCAGCGGCAGCCGACCCCGGCCCCGCCGCUGCCUUCCCUUCUGAGCCCGCCAGCGGUGCGGGUGCCGCCACGGGUGGUGCGGAUGCGGAUGAUGAUGAUGAUGCGGGUGCUGACGAGUUGGGUCUGGGUCGGCCCUCGGCGCUGUUCACGCGGGAGGCACUGGAGGCGGCCCUGAGGGAAGCGGCGGCAGGCAGUGCUGGUACGACAGCUACCUCCAGCUCUUCCACUGCUGAUGCUGCUGAGGCGACACCCACAGCACCAACAGCUGAGGAGGGUGACGAGUUCUUUGAACUCACCCCGGAGGAGCUGGCAGGCAUGUUACGAUCCCAACAGUCGCGGCGGCAGGCGGAGGAGGCGGGCGGCUUCAAAACCCGGGCGGCGAGGGAGGCGGAGGAGCGGGCUCGGGCAGGGGCGUGGGGGCGGGUGGCCAUCCGGGCACAUCUCCCAGGAGGGCUCAUCCUGCAGGCUACCUUCGCCGCCACUGAGACCCUCGCCGCCCUGCGCGCCGCCCUCACCUCGGUGCUGCCCGCCGCGCUGGCGCCGGCCGCCUACCUGUACACCGCCCCGCCGCGCACCGUGUUGCCGCCGGGGCCGCAGGACGCCCGCAGCCUGUAUGCGGCAGGGCUGGUGCCGGCUGCGCAUGUGCACUUGGGGCUGGAUGAGAAGAAGGCCGCCGCCGCCGGCCUGCCCGCCUCCAGCUGCAGCUGCCCGCCUCCCUCCGUCCUGCUCAGACCCGAGGCCCUGGCGCGGCUGCGAACCAGCAUACCGCCGCAGCUGGCCGCUUUCCAUGGCGGCAGGCAGC